AUGUCCCGCGAGGACGCCUUGUCGCGACUUCAUGAUGCGGAGAAUCAUAUCAAAAGCGACCCAAACUUGACUCACUGGAACCCCAGAACGCCCAAAAUUACCCCUACAGUUCCCGAAGAUAUUGAUUCCAUCGCCGCAACCGAGUGCUAUACAGUUACCGACACUGUACCGACACACCUUCCGAAGGCGUUGCCCAAAGGCAUGCUGGAAAAGAAGAGUGUAAGCGAAUACGAAUUUACCUUCACACCGGAUGGAAGUUUUGUCCGCAUAUACUGCCCACUCAACGUCUUAAUGGAGACGCGGUGGAGGAUCCAAAACGCGAGCGGCGGCGGCCUUGAAUUGGAGGAGAAGGUCAACGCCCAGUGCUCUCGUUUCUUAGUGAGCCUUGUUAAGGGAGAGUUGGAAAAGAAUUGGAAAGACGUUCAUCAGAAAAUUCUCACGGAGAAACCGUGA